AUGAAUUUAUCUAGAUUUUACUCUCAUCAGAAUAAAUUAAAUCCAAUCAAGUCAAAACGUAAAUCUUUAUAAAAGAAUACAUCUUAUACUCCUUAAAAACAUAGAUCUGUUACUUACAACAAUAAUGAUGAUCUUUUGAAACUAAUCAUUAAUAAUGAUAACUUACUAGAAAUAAUUGAAAAAAUAUAGAAGUAACGAUAAGUUUAGAGGUUAGUUCAAGAGGCUAAUUCUAAUUCUAUUUUGCCUUCCAUUUCAAAAAAUGAAAAAAAUAAUUAGAAUUUGUAUCCAAAAUAGGAUAGAAAACAUAAGAGAGAAAGUAUUCAAUAUACAUUUUAAAUGAAUCCAAAAAACAUUCCAUAUUAUUAAGAGAACAAAAUUUAUGGAAAGUUUAUUGAACCUACUGAAUAUAAAAAAAUAGAUUAUGAAUCUAUAAAAACUAUGUAUUUAUAUUUAAUCAUUGGAUUUUAGAGAAAUUGCUUUGUCUAAAUAAUUAUAAGAAGAAUUUGAAUUAUAAAAUUAAUUUAAUUAAAACAAAGAAAGACCUUAACAUGAAUAUUAAUAAUAAUAAAUGUAAUCAAUUGAAAUACAAUUUGAUAAACAUAAAAAUUAUCAUUCAUAAGUGACUUUAGAUUCUGAUGAUUGUGAUAAAAUCUUUAAUAAAUAAACAAAAAUAAACCAAACAGUCUCAAAUAUAUUUAAACUGAGAUAAUAAAAUCAAGAAUAAAAUAAUCUACCAAAAAUAACUAUGGAUUUUUAAAUGAAAGAUGAAUUUCAAAAAUAUUUAGAUGUUAAAUAAUGUAAUUAAUGUAUAUAGAAUAUGGCUAUCAAUUAAAAUUAAUAUAUUAAGAUGCCAAAAAAUAAGAAGAUUUUAAAAUAAUGA